AUGCAACACCAUCUACAAGCAAACAUUUCUAAGCGGUGCUCGUUACCCCUCUCAUUAGCUGUCUGUUUCCUGUUCGCAGUUGAUCAAAGUAUGUUUGAGAACUCGGUUGCCCAGCAGCAGAGUUCUCAGGCGGCCAGACCGGGUCAGGCGUCCACCCGCCGCUCCACAGCGUCCGCAGCCCCCAGCGCGGGCUCCGGGAACAUGGACUCCCCGUCCUCAGGGGGACAGCAACGGCUGAAAAAUGCCAUCAACCUGGGCAAGGCGGUGGGGGCAAAGGUCAACGACUUGCUGAGAAGAAAAGAGUCCAGCCAUCUGGGCGACAUCGGAGUCACUGAGGUCAACAAGAAUGUGGGUGCUGUGUGGAGCUGCAUGGACCAGCUCAGCCAGGCCUCCGCAAACAGGUACAGGCAGAGCCACAUCUCCUCUUUCGACGCCUUCCCCCGGCUGGAGCCGCCCCCUCCGUCGGGGAAGAAGCGCCUCCCUCGAGCGCUGAAGACGACCCAGGACAUGAUGAUCUCCUCUGACCCAGUGGUAUCCUCCCCGGACCCCGUCGACUCUCCCUCCUUCCUCCCCUCCCCAGAAAAGACGCCUCUGAUUGAAAAGGAGGAGACACAGAGCGGAGAGGAGCGUCGGCAGGUAAACCCAGCGGAGGAGAGCUCCACGGAUAUCACACCUGGCUCAGCAGAGAACAAAGACGCCUCUGGAUCUGAGACGGCCUCGGCCAACAGCGAAGACGACGGAGCGUUGGAAGGAGAGGAUGAAGAAGCAGAGGGAGGCGUGGAGGAACGUCAGCACCCGCCGCAGCUCUCCGUGCCAGACCUCAUCCACAAAGAUCCCCCUCCGGAGUCCAAAGCCAAACCCGGCGACGUGUGGCAGAAGGCGCCCGGGCCAGACGCCCGGCUGGCCUCCACCCCCCGCUCCGGGAAAACGCCGUGCCGCAUCAGCCUGGACGAGGACGUCCUUCUGGGGAACGGCGCCCCCUGCAGCAAAGGCCCGGGAGCCAACGCCGAGGACGCGGAGCCUCAUCCUGACCUGCUGUCGUUUGAGUGA